AUGCUUGCUGUGCGCGCUUCUGAAAAGGGGUCAGAGAAGCUCCAGGUCAACGUAUUACCCUGCAGGAUACACCGAAAUGGGCCUUCCAAGGUAACGAAGCGGUGCUGGUGUCCCACUACAGAAGAAGGUCUGAUGAUUACCUUGACUUGCUUUCUGGUGAGAUACUGGCAGCUGAAUGAUCUAGAUGGAAGCAAGACUGCCUAUUUUCGCGGCCGCAAAUUACGAGGUCGACAAAUCAAGCUCCCAAAGAAAUACCGAGGUCUUACUGUGAUUAGGACCGACGAAACCCUGUCAGGGGCUUCCGAUGAAGAGCAGACCACACUCCAUAAACAACCAUACGAGGAUGAGGAUGAGGAAGAUAUGCUUGAACAUGAAUCACAAGCAGAGCCUGUCAAGAUCCUGAAAGAAGAAGCGAACUUUGAUGCAAUCACUGUGUGGGGUCAUGAUAGACUGCCUGCAGCGGAUGAUAGCUUCCUGAAGGGAAUUGAGGAAUGGGUAACCUUUGCGGAAGCUAUUCAUACAACCCCAACGGACCUCUCGCAGUCUUCGGAUACUAGUCGCUGA